CUGAAACAUCAGCAUCCAGUGAUGUAAUCUGUCAUUCCCUUCUCUGCUGCCGUCCUAGUUGAGCCAAACUCAAUCGAUACCGGAGUAACCGAUCGGUUUAACUUUUGCCUUGUUGUUGUUGGUGCCAAUUACAGACGCUGAAGCAAAAGCGUAAUGGAGACCGAAUUGCCUUUCUCAUCUCGUCGCUCACCUGUGGUGUGUUUCCACGGCUGCGUGGCGUCCAGCCAGCCGCUAGCUUCCAGUAUAGGAGUCGACAUCCUGAAGCGCGGGGGUAAUGCAGCAGACGCUGCGGUUGCCAUUGCAGCAGCGCUCGCAGUAACAGAGCCGUUCAGCACCGGUCCAGGUGGAGACGCGUUCUGCUUGUUCUACAGUGGAGAAACUGGAGAGAUCCGAGGCAUUAAUGGCAGUGGUCGUUCGCCCAGAGCUCAGACCCUGGACUUCAUGGAAGGACUUGGUUACACUGCGGGGACCCCCCCUUCGCCUUCCCAUGCCUUGAAUGUGACAGUCCCAGGGGCCCCUGCAUGCUGGUGCGACACCAUACAACUGUUUGGUAGCCACAAGCUGUCCAUGCAGGAGGUGAUGAGUGGGGCGGCAGAGCUCGCAGAGGUGGGGUUUCCUGUUGCCGAGGUAACAGCUCACCACUGGGCAAAAUUGGUGGCUGCUCUGAGAGAUACUGGGAAGGAAUUAAACGGAGACCUGCUGAUUGAUGGUCAUGCGCCAAAAUGUGGACAAGUUUUCAGAAACCCCAACCUGACCAAGACCCUAGAGGAACUGGGUGAGUGCGGCAAACCAGCUUUCUACCAGGGCAGAGUGGCCGAAGCCAUCGUCGAUGUCAUUAACCAAAAUGGAGGAGUCAUGACUCUGGAUGACCUCAGCAGCCAUGAAAGCGAGGUCUUCACCCCCAUAAGCACAGACUACAAGGGCGUGCGUCUAUGGGAGCCUCCUCCAAACAGCCAGGGAUUGGCUGCCCUGCUGCUGCUCAACAUCAUGGAGAACUUCCCUCUCAAAGCUGCAGGCCACAAUAGCUCUGACUACAUCCAUGUACUGGUGGAAGCUGUUCGCUUGGCACAUAUAGAUGCCCUGUGUUACCUGGGCGAUCCAGACCAUGUUGCCAUGCCUCUGGAAACCUUACUGGACAAGAGCUACAGUCACCAGCGAGCGCAGCACAUCAGCAUGGACAGGACCAUGGGAGGAGUCGAGCCUGGCUUAACAACCGGAUGUGACACAGUCUAUUUCUGUGUGAUUGACAGUCAGGGCAAUGCCUGCUCUUUUGUCAACAGCAUAUAUGCCGGUUUUGGAACUGGGCUGGUUCCUAAGGGUUGUGGAUUCUCACUCCAGAAUCGUGGUGCCGGCUUUUCUCUGCACCGUAACCACUUUAACUGUGUUGCUGGGGGAAAGCGGCCAUAUCACACCAUAAUACCCGCACUUGUCACUGACUCUGCAACCACAUCACCAAAACCACGACUCCUUGCUGCACUGGGGGUGAUGGGGGCUUUUAUGCAACCUCAAGGACAUGUCCAGGUGUUGUUAAACAUGUUGGAGUUUGGGAUGAAUCCUCAACAAGCUCUGGAUGCACCAAGAGUCUACGUAGACUAUGACCGCACAACUGAUCAGUGGUCGGUUAAUCUGGAGGAGGGAGUCCGCCAGGAGGUAGCCGAGGAGCUGAGAAAACGGGGCCACAAAGUCAGCUGGCCUGUCACAGGCCACAAGAGGUCUCAGUUUGGGCGGGGACAGAUCAUCACAGUAGGGGAUUGGUGGAACCCAUCUGUCAAUCAAGCUGAUUGUCCAUGCAGGGUGCUGUGGGCGGGGUCAGACCCCAGAGCGGAUGGAUGUGCUCAGGGAUAUUAAACACACAUUGCCUCAUCUCCUCUUCCCUGCAGAUGUAAUAAUCCUAUAAACUGAUUACAAUACUUUCUAAAGGAAAAAUCCUUUGGGUAGAGCAAAAGCUCUAUACAUAUUUGGCGGUAACAUCAUUUACAGAAACCUUUUUCUUUGGUUUCUUUAAAUAGACGAUUUGUUUUAAGACAACAGGUUUUUAACACAGUCGUAGCACUGCAUCAUAGCAUAGCACAUAAGUGUCUUUAUUCAUCCGAUGUCCCUCCACAUCCUCAUAAGUCUUAAGUAUAAAUCUUUGCACUACAAAUCGAAAACAAAUCUUUGUGUGACAGUACACGACAUACCAAAGAUGCCCAAUCUUCAACCCUGGUUGAGAUAAUUAUCUGUUUCAAUGUCUUUAAUUAGAUGCUGCCUAAAAAUGACAACAAGAUAAUAUACUGUACACAUAACACUCUUACCUCAAUGAAAUGAUGAUCAGAUGAUAGGCUAUAGAUACAAUCUUUUUUUCUGGGUGACUUUUUACAAAACAAAUUGAGUUUAGGUUUUUCAAGUUCAUUCAAUUCAAGUGUUAUAUUUCCAUUCAAGUUCCCUUUGGAUCAUUUUCUUGCACUUAAAACUAGAUAUAUAUUUACAGAUUUAACAGUCUGCAUUUCGAAUGAUGCUGAAUCUAUUCAUGAUUUUGUAAAGGUUUUUAACAAUGACAAAUAAAUGUAAUUUAUUUUCAA